AAAUGUGACAAUGACAUCAUCAAAUCCUAUCCAGCUGCACUUGUCCUGCGAAAGUGAAAUAACACGGUUCGAAAAUGGCUACGAUGCUCGCCGUUCCUCUGAAAAAUAGCGCCGAGCUAGACUUUGUUCGGCCCCUGAAGAACUUUAUCAAGAACACCUUCGGCGAAGAAGAUGGGGCUGAUGACUACUCCAGUCAGCUCGACGAGCUGCACCGACUCAGGAACAAUGCGGUGUGUCGAAAACUCGAUAAACACAGCACCUCCCUGGAAAUCCUCGCAAGAUACUACGACCAGCUGCAAGCAAUAGAGGACAAGCUGCCAAUCUCAGAGGGACAUGUUUCCAUGACGUUCACGUGGCAGGAUGCCUUUGACAAAGGCUCAUUCUUUGGCGGAGGUCGAAAGCAAAGUGGCUCCAAUGGCAGCUAUGAGAAAGUCUGUGUGCUGUUCAACAUUGCGGCAAUGAACACCCAGAUAGCAGCCCUCCAGAGCUCUGAAGAUGACGAAUCUCUAAAGACCUCAGCAAAACAGUUCCAGCAAGCGGCUGGUAUUUUUAACCAUCUCAAAGAGACGGUAGUGUCAGCCGUCCAGAACAUUCGCACCUUUGACAUCCACCCCGACUGUCUGGCUGCCCUAGGAGCCCUCAUGCUAGCCCAGGGCCAAGAGAGUAUCCUCAAGAAAGCUCAACAAGACAAGAUGAAGGAUGCCAUCAUUGCCAAGAUCGCGAUGGCAGCAGCCGACGAGUACGCGGACGCCCUGAAGCUGUGCCAGGUGGCUCAUGUCAAGGAGGUCCUGCCCAAGGAUUGGAUCCCCGUUGUCGCUGGCAAGCACGCCUACAUGCACGGCCUGGCCGAGCUCCAUCAGUCCAAAGUCUGCCAGGCCAACAAGUCCUACGGAGAGGAGAUCGGAAGGCUUAAUCAUGCCCUUGAGCUCCUGCAAGCAGCCACGAGCCGCGGCGGUCAGCACGUCAACUUCAGUCCCGUGAAGCAGAAGAUCGAGCGCGCCCUCGCAAAUGCUAAGAAGGACAACGAUUUCAUCUACCAUGACAUCAUCCCGGAGAUCGCUAAUCUCAAGCUCAUCGGAACGGCCGCCAUCGCCAAGCCCCUGGACAUCCCCAAGCCCAUGUGCCCUAAAUUUGCAGACCUCUUUGAAAAGCUGGUUCCUCUAGCCGUGCACAAUGCCCUGGACGCGUACGAGGCCAGGAAAGUAGAGAUCGUGAGCCGGGAGGUGGGCAAACUGCGAGAGCAAACACAGCUGCUGAACAGUGUCCUAUCCUCGCUGAAUCUACCGGCAGCCAUAGAGGACAUGGGAGGCUCCAGUAUACCGCCCUCGUUGUUGCUGAAGUCCAACGGGGUGCGCGAGAAAGGCGGCAUCCAGAGCAUUGACAAACUGUUCCACGAAAUGCCCGAGCUACUGAAGAGGAACACCGAAAUCCUGAAUGAGUCAGUACGCCUCCUCGACGAGGAAGGGAAAACAGACAGGGAGAUGAGAGAACGCUUCAAGGAACGCUGGACCCGCCUCCCGUCGGAUCAGCUGACCACGCCCCUGCGCAACGAAUCGGCCAAGUACCGGACCAUCCUGAACAAUGCGAUCCAAGCAGACGGCGUGGUGAGAGAAAAAUACACCGCCAGCCGGGAGUACAUCGCCAUCCUGUCCAAGUCACCGAAUGAGAUGGGAUCGGACCUGCCUGCAACCAGCGCCGCAGCAGCCCUGAAGGACAGCCCGGCUGUACGGAAGCUGCGGGAUCUCAUGAAGCAAGUAGAAGCCAUCAAAAAUGAGCGUGAGGUCAUGGAGGCGGAAAUCAAGAAUACCAAGUGUGACAUGACGUCCAAAUUCCUAAGCGCCUUGGCUUCAGACGGUGUCGUUAAUGAAGAAGACUUGUCCAAUCAGGAUCUGGAUCGUCUCUUCAAUCCACUCAUCCAGCAAGUCCAGGAAAGCGUCCACAGGCAGGAGGUUCUGCUGAAUAACGUCCAGGAUGCCAACACCAAAUUCUGCACGGCGAAGCAGUCAGACACCUCGGCCAAUAAUCGUGAAGAGGUCCUACGCAAGUUGGCUGCCGCCCACGACGCUUACAUGGAACUCACUGCUAAUCUGACAGAAGGCACUAAGUUCUACAACGACCUGACCGGGCUGCUGGUGCGAUUCCAGAGUAAGGUCUCUGACCUCUGCUUUGCCAGGAAGACAGAGAAGGAAGAGCUCCUGAGGGACCUGACUCAGAGCAUCGCUAACCAGCCUACUUCUCCGCCUCCCGUCACCCCGGCCCAUCAUGCCCAAGAAUCAUCCAGAGGACAGCCCCCACCUCGCCCAAACCAACCCCCCUCCCGGCCCCAAGCCCCGCCCUCCGCCCAAGCACCACCUCCUGCCCAAGCCCCUCCCCCAGCCCAAGCCCCUCCCGCAGCCCAAGCGCCUCGCCCGGCCCAAGCCACCCAGCCACCCUACUCCCAGCCACCCAAUUACCCCCAGGGGUACCAAGCCAUGCCCAGUUAUGCCCCGUACGGGGGCUUCACCCCCAUGCCUACCCCCUAUAACCCCUAUGGCCCCAAUUAUCCACAACAACCACAGCAGCAGCAAUAUGGCAACCCGUAUCAGCAACAGCAGCCCGGGCAGUAUCCACAGUAUCCACACCCGGGCGGAUAUCAACAGCCGACAGCUCCACAACAACCGGGCUACAACCCAUAUCCUCAACAGUAAAGGUAUCACCACUAGACGUAAUAGUUGAUUAAAGGUAACAUGUAUCCCACAAGUGUAACAUUUCCCAGUCCCCUUCGUAAACAUUUCAACUCUGGCCAAUUUCGCAGCGAACAUUUCAUGACGUCAACUUUGCUUCGCAUUUGCAUUCAAGUACGAAUCAGCCUUUACGCUUAUUUCAAUAUUUCAACAACCAAUGGCCGGGAUCUUUCUCUAUCAAACCACCGCCUGAAGGAUUUUAAAGUAUCUGGAAAGGUUAAGGCGUUUUUCAUACUUCAUGUGAUGGCAGAGCAAAUUGGAUAUCAUGAACCAUUUGCUGCGAUACUCGCCAAACUUGAAUUCAAUUUUUUGCAAAUUCGUAGCACGAAAAUUAACUUUGUUGUGACGUCACAAAUUCACAGUUGCGUUCACUUUUGCGCUGAGUGCGAACCGGUCUGUAGGCUCAAGCCGGAGCGUUUUAACUGGAAAUCCUCCUGAAUCUGAAACCUAAUGGCACACUCUUCGAAAUCAAAUUUUCAAAGGUUAAUCAAGCCAGUAACAAGCUUGCAACUUUGGCCGGGGCCUAAUUUUCUCAAUCCCACAAAAAUCACCCUGCUGGAAUUUACAUGGACGGUCACAGUUUAAUCGCAUGUUU